CAAAACAUCGAUUUUCGGAUUUUUUCUGUCUAUUUGUAAAUAAAUAUAGAUUUCAUACACAAUAUGAGAACUAGUCAAGUGCUGACUAUAUAAACAUGAAAUUUACAAUGGAAAAGUGAAUUGACAGGCUGUUACAAGGAGCACCUAUGAUGUAGAUACACAUAUAUACUGCAAACUGUUGGCACAAUGGCACUGCUUUACCUUAGUCACAGAGCAUUAUUUAUCCUGAUACUUCUUGCUACCUGUGGUUCAGCACUUGCUGAUGAAGUUGCCACGGAGAACAACAGGACAGGGACAACAAGAUCUCCAACCACAGUUCAACUAGAUACAUCAUCUGACAACACCACUGAAACAGCCACUACUGCAGAGAACCAGCUACCAGAUGAUAAUGCCACACAAUCGGCAAGCUCUGAUAAUAUCACUGAAAACCCAACUGACAAACUAAGUCCAGCAAUAAUCACAUCUCAUAAGACUGUCACUGAAACUACACAAAAUCCAAUAAAUAUUGAGGUAACUACACAGAAAAGCAAGGAUCAGGUAAACAAUGUGACACAGUCAAGUAACAAAGCUACAGAUGGGAUAGAGAAGCAGUCGGAAGGGCCAGGAGGUGUAACCUCUAAUAAAGGACAUGUUGAAAGUAGUAAGAAAAAUACAGGAGCAGAUAUAACCACCCAGUUUAUACCAGUGACAUUUGACACAAGAUGGAUGGACAUAUUUAUUCAUACGCAUCACUUUGAGGGUCAAUAUUCAUUCAAUGAUGUGAGAUAUUUGUUUGACUUUGUAGUGAGAUACAAGCAUCCAGAUAGUCCGAGGACAUUGGUGGCAUUUCUGUAUGAUGCUGAUGGUGCUGUACUGGAAUUCAAUGGAACGUCUCCAGACAAUCAUUUGAUAGUGUUUACAUUAUCCAAGAUCUACACGCCCGGUGUGAGAUUUCCACUACAUCAGCCACUAGAAAUAACAGGAACAUUUACACACCAGGACCAGCCAUAUUUCACAGGGAACUUUACAAAACCGAUCAAUUCAUCGUUUGCAUGGCUCCAUAUGAAUAAAGGGUUAGGAACAAUAGAGACUGGUGAGACUGCAGGGACAAAGACAGCUAUUGUUAUAAUCAUACCCACCAGUAUAGCAUUCCUAGGUAUAUGUGGUACUGUAGCAAUCAUAUGCUGGGCAUCAAAGAAAGGAUAUCUUAGAGGUAGACAUAAGUCGUACAGACUUUUCACUGACGCGCAAGUUUCUUAUGAAUCUGAAGCAGAAACUAUCCACAUCUAGUGAAAGGUAUAUCUGGGCAUGAUAAAUGUGUAUAGGAUCUUAGGAUACUGAAUGUUUGUAACAUCACUUUUCAUUGGAUAAUCGUGUUAAUGAAGUUAUCUGAUUUUGUUCUUAAACUGUAUUUCAAAUUGGUUAUAAAGGUUCUUGACAUGUUAUAUGGCCAUAAUUAUAUAAAUGAUUGACUGUAAUAUAAAAAAAAAUGGUCAUAAAGGUUCUUGACAUGUUAUAUGGCCACAAUUAUAUAAAUGAUUGACUGUAAUAUAAAGAAAAUGGUCAUAAAGGUUCUUGACAUGUUAUAUGGCCAUAAUUAGAUAAAUGAUUGACUGUAAUAUAAAAAAAUGGUCAUAAAGGUUCUUGACAUGUUAUAUGGCCACAAUUAUAUAAAUGAUUGACUGCAAUAUUACAAAUUGGUUAUAAAACAUCUUUAUAAAAUAUAUGGUCAUAAUUAUAUAAAUUAUUGACUGUAAUUUAAUAAAUUGGUUAUAAAGACUCUUGACAUCUUAUAUGACCAUAAUUAUAUAAAUGAUUGAUUGUAAUAUAACUUGCCUGCUGGCACAUGUUAUAUAUGCAAAGAACUAUUUAUAUUAGGUCAUAUAACCUGUCCAGAAUCUUUUUAACAGAUAUUUAAUGACUUGUCAUUUUGUAAAGGUUCUUGUUACAUUUUGUAAAGUGAAUCAAGGAGGUGGUUAUUAAGUGAGUCUGUGGGAAUUGUACUGUUUCUGGUACAAGUUUAAUCCUAGUCUUUUUCAAAUGGCAACAAAUGAGCCGCGUCAUGACAAAACCAACAUAGUGCAUUUGCGACCAGCAUGGAUCGAGACCAUCCGCGCAUCUGCGCAGUCUGAUCAGGAUCCAUGCUGUUCGCUUACAAACCCUAUUACAAGUAGAGAAACUGAUAGCGAACAGCAUGGAUCCUGACCAGACUGCGCGGAUGCGCAAGCUGGUCUGGAUCCAUGCUGGUCGCAAACCCAUUAUGUUGGUUUUGUCAUGACGCGGCUCAAAUGAAAGAUUCUUCUUGGUAUCACAUGACAUUAUGAAGCCAAAAAAUCAAAUCGUUACAAAGUCAUCAUUUGAAAUGCGAUUUUAAAAACAGGCCGGUAAUUUAUGUGUUUUACAGGUAAAUGUCAUGCUAUCUCAGUCAAUUGAUAGAUCCUAACUUUUUUGAAUAACAAUAGAUGUAGCCACAAACAUUGUCAUGUGCUCUUUAGUAAUGUUAAUAAACAAUGUUGUGGUGAAAUUCUUAUUGUAUCCCCUUAUCUGAUAAGUAGAAGUAGACAUGUCAGGGAUCUAUGCAUUUAGUUUAAAUGGAAAAAAAGAUGGAAUAUCCCAUUACAGGAGUCACUUCUAAGGUUUUUUAUCAUAAACGAAAACAAAUACAAUAGUCUAAGCUUGAUAAUAGAUUUGUUAAUUUCUAAUUCUAUAAUAAGUAUGCUAGACAAUCAUUUUCACUAGAAAUCCCUGUAUAUUUAUUCCCACUAUAGAACCUGUAAGCAACAAAUUUUAAAAAACUGAGGCCAUCCUUAAUAAUAUAUAUGUUUGCUAUUGCCGACCCAGAGUUAUAAGGAGUGGGUCGGUAGGUAGGCUUUUUUUUUUUUUGA